CGUUGCUGUUUACCAUGGACACGCACCAUCGGAACUUAGGCGUUAAGAGAUCGCGAGGAUUGCACCCGGCCUGCAGGAAUCCCAUCUACCCAGACAAGUGCCUUCGAAUGUCCGAAAAGAAUUCCCGUGGCCCGGACUGGACUGGACUGUGGACUGGACGGAAAGGCGAGGGGGCUUUGAAGUUACAGCGUGGCCCCGGUUAUGCGCGAAAUUUCACAGGCACCACCGCUGUACCCCAUCAGCGCUGGAAUCUUGGCCGCGCACCGGACUUUGAUUACUCCUUCGUACCACCCGGCGCACCACCCCGCAGGAAAUAA